CACUGUAGAACUAGUAGAAGAGUUGUUCAAAUCCGCUUGAUGUCGCUUGUAUCGCAGAUAUAAAAAGUACAUGGAGUUGGAGUUUAGCUACCAAUUGCCAUCCAGUGCGUUGUGAUAUUAGCACUCGCGCGGAGCGUGCGCACUGUCGCCCUUACUUCCGGGAUGUGAGUUAGCUUGCAGGCUGUUGUGUUUAAUAAUCGCUAGCAUGUAGAUGACAACCAAGAACUCAGGAGACCAUUGGAGGUGACUUUCCUUUAAAACAAGGUUGUCUGUGACAAAUUGCCUCGACAACAUGGAUUACUGGAGUGCCUUGGAGGUGUACAAGGAGAUGGUGCUCCUCUAUGUGGAGGAGGGCCGGCGGCAGGUGAACUUGCACUGCGGGGACCUGGAGCCAUGGCAAAUCAUCGGAGUGACGGUUAUCAGCACACUGGGAGCGGUCUGGCUUCGAGGGUUUCUCUUCCAGCAAGAAAGUCUCCUAUCCAGAAUGAAGAAGCAGUGCUUUCGAGUCAUCAGAAAAAUACCCUUUGUUGGCGGGGCGAUCCAGAGCCAGCUGAACAAGGCUUUAGACGACAUGUCGGUAGGCCUGUGUACUCUGAAGAACGGGAUGAGCUACACUAAAAAGCUACCGUCCAAAGGUCUCACACAGAACCAAGUGUUGGACAAAAUCAGCGAGUACCAAACUCUGAACGAGGUGCAGUGGCAGAAAGGGUGUGUCUCAGGCGCCGUCUACUGGGGUGAUGAAAACCUCACUAAACUCCUGGUGAAGGUGUAUGGAGAUUUUGCAUGGAGCAACCCACUUCACCCAGAUAUCUUUCCCGGUGUAAGGAAGAUGGAGGCCGAGGUGGUCAGAAUGACCUGCACCCUCUUCCACGGUGGACCCAACUCGUGUGGCACAGUGACGUCAGGAGGAACAGAGAGCAUACUGAUGGCGUGCAAGGCUUACCGAGACAUGGCGUAUGAACGAGGUGUCAAAUAUCCAGAAAUUCUGGCCCCAAUCAGUGUCCACGCGGCCUUCGACAAAGCGGCGCAUUACUUCGGGAUGAAGCUUGUUCACAUUCCACUCGCCAAGAACACCAUGCAAGUUGAUGUGAAGGCUAUGAAGAGAGCCAUCAGCAAGAACACGGCCAUGCUGGUGUGCUCGGCCCCCCAGUUUCCACACGGGACCAUGGACCCCAUCGAGGAAGUGGCAAAGCUUGCCGUACGCUACAACCUCCCGAUGCACGUGGACGCUUGUCUUGGCGGCUUUCUCAUUGUCUUCAUGGCCAAGGCUGGCUACGCCCUCCCGCCAUUCGACUUCCGGGUUAAAGGUGUCACCAGCAUCUCUGCGGACACGCACAAGUAUGGCUACGCCCCCAAAGGUUCCUCGGUGAUCCUCUACAGUGACACAAAGUACCGUCACUAUCAGUACUUUGUGGCUCCAGACUGGCAGGGUGGAAUCUACGCCUCCCCCUCCAUAGCGGGCUCCAGACCCGGAGGGAUCGUUGCAGCCUGCUGGGCGACCAUGAUGCACAUGGGAGAGAACGGAUACGUGGACGCCACUCGCAAAAUCAUCUCCGUGGCACGCAAAAUCAAAACAGAGAUCAGAAAGAUGAAGGACGUGUUUGUGUUUGGGGAUCCGGAGGUUUCCGUGGUGGCAAUCGGCUCGGACGUCUUUGACAUUUUCCGCCUGUCUAACGCCCUGACGACGAAGGGCUGGAAUCUCAACACGCUGCAGUACCCGUCCAGCAUCCACAUUUGUUGCACGCUUCUCCACACCCAGCCUGGAGUGGUGGAACGCUUCGUUGGCGACAUCAGGGAGCAGGUGGCCAUCAUCAUGAAGAACCCGAAAGAGAAGACCACAGGAAAGGGAGCAAUCUACGGCAUGGCCCAGUCCAUCCCAGACAGAUCCAUGGUAACGGAGAUCUCCCGAGGCUUCCUGGACUGUCUCUACAGCACGGAGGUGAAAAGUCCCAAGUCAAACGCCAGCCACAUGAAUGGUAACGGCAAAGCCCACCAAAAAAAGAGCGGGCCGUUCUGACCUUGCCGGGGUGCACCCAUCCUCCCGUCGGUUGCCUUAUCCUGCAUCGCUGCACGGAAAACGCCUGCAAAGGCUUUUAAAGCACAAGACGUCCAUUUGGAUAGUUCCAGACCCAAACUACUCCAAGUCUGGUUUAGGUCUUUGGUUUGACGAUUCUAGUGAAUGUGUGUCCUUUUCAAUGCUUUCAAGGUCAGCUAGACUGCAUAGCAAACCUUUAUUUACUUUUUCAUGUCACAACAUUUCACUUCCACAAUCUCUGAUGGCUCAGCAGAAAAUAAGAUGUAAAAAAAAACGACUGAGACCAGAGACCAGAACCAGCAACCCCAGGCUGGUUGUAGAAAAACUCUGGCGGGAACAAUUCAGGUUCAUAUUUCAACCACUCUGUCAUCCUGUACGCUUACGUUCUUGUUUGGCCACUUGUUGUCCCGACUUCCUGUUCAGCCGCUUCUCUGCUCCACUUCCUGCUGGUGGAGGACUUCAAUACUUUCAAAUAGGGAUUAGAUGCUGGUGGAGGACUUCAAUACUUUCAAAUAGGGAUUAGAUGUUUUUAAUAUCACAUCAUGGCAAAGAAAGUACUUUGAAACUUUCCACCAGCUAGUUUUAGCCAAAGCCUAGCAGCUCUAUCGGUUCUUGGUCCCAUUCAAGACAACCUUGUGAAUACAGUAGAUCCCUGCUCUCUGGAGGGGGGUUAAGAGUUAGGGACCACCAGCUAAUGGCGAAACACACGCCUUCCUGCUCUCCUUCCAAACCCUCCUGCUAGCUCGAUGUUGACGUUCUCCUAUUUUGGAUUAACAGUUCAUCUUCAAUCCAGAAAACACAAUUUAAUCCCUAAAUACGCCUCACAAACUUGAAGACAUUUCAAUCAUCAAAUAUUUCAGCACUCACUUCUCAUGAGUGAUGAUGCAAGAUGACCAAUCAGAGUGCAGGGAUUAUGCCGUAAUCCCUUGACAAUUCAAACUUCAAAUUUUAUGCCUUCACUCUAUCACGUUUUUUCAUUGAAUAAUGAUAUAUGAUGAUAUAUAGUAUUCUACAUUAAGGUUCCCAUAAGGAACCCCCGACGUCACUUCCUGUCUGCUCCCCUACUAGCACCGUAACACAUUUACAGCAACACAAGUCUUAUUUAUGUUGUACAUGACUCAUUUCCUGUCAUUUUGUAGAAAUAUAUUGGGUAAUAUAAAUAUAAAGGUGACUAUAGGGGUGUUAUGUCAUGUCCAGAGGGCUCUAAUAAUGUUAAAAACAUGUUAUAACAAGUCCUAAUAAUGUUUUCUAUGCUCCAACUAUGAAAGUAUUCCAUUUAUAAAUUGGGAAUCCUACUAAGCAUGGAAAUUCACUCAUCACAGUUGGGUCUGCAAUCAAUUAACUGUGAUGAGUGAGGGAUUACUAGACGGAAUUGUCACGUUUGUGUCUGGCAGCAAUGAUGGUGUGUUCAAGCACCACUGAAAAAGGGCGAGAUCUCAAUGCUUGAUGUAAGAACAGCAUCAGACAUAUAAAAUAUGUUUUUAUUGCAGUGGCAAUAAAAACAUAUUUGUGACUUAGGAGUAUUGAGAUGGGUUUUCUACAGGAAUAAAGGCAGAUUUUUGGUCAACUAAAAAUGUGCAUGGGCAUGAAAGCUGAAUCACAAAUGUGCGGGGAUCCACUGUAUAUCACUAAAUCCCAUUUUU